ACGUGCCCAGCGAGGGCAUGGCUUCGCAUCUCCUUGAUAGAGCACCCCGUGGCCGUCGUGCGCCAGGAGAGCCUCCUCGACGGCAGUCGCCAGGUCCAGUCCAAGCGAAACAGGGCAAGGAGCACAUGACAUGGUUUUCCUUUUAGUUGAGAAAUCGUCAACGGUCUGCCACAACAUGUUUCCAGAACAGACAACAAUUAUUAUUUAAUCUCUUACAUCGGCCUAUAUAUAUCUUGAUCCAAGGUGAGCUCUUGACACAGCGAUAAGCGCUGCAAUACAUUCUUUGCGACGACCCCGUCGCCCCCACAUAUGGCUGCAGGAGAACUGGCGACGAUGCCUGGUCGUGCCGUCCUGACAUUUCUCCUUCUGGCUGUCGCUUCCGCUGCCUACGACAGCGUCGGACUGGAGCCGGUAAGCCGGAGGAGCUUCCCCAAGGGCUUCGUCUUCGGGACGGCCUCCUCGUCCUACCAGUAUGAGGGUGGUGCGAUGGAGGGAGGCAGGGGACCAAGCAUCUGGGACAACUUCACUCACCAAUACCCAGGCAUGUAUACAUCUGCAACACGCAGUAAACGGAUAAUAGUAUCAUUAGAUUUAUUAUAUAUACAGAUUAUUUUCAUACUAUCAUCCUAUACUAACUUGUUGAACAAAAAUAACGGCCAAACUACGUGUUGGAGACAGGAGAAAUGAUGUUAUCCCGUGCAUAGGAGGUCAUGUGCAUGUUUCUGCCAUUGCUUAUCUGCUUUUAGAUCCGUGCCACACUGUGUUGCUAAAUUUCAUUGAGUUCCAAUAUGUUUCAGUUUGGUUUGACAUAUUGAUAUGUAAUGAAACCGAAUGAACCAGUGCACGGGAGGUCCCGUGCACGGAAGAAUCGCUGUGCUCGUUGGAGGUGGUGUAUACAUGUCUGAAAGGUCACUUAUCAGGAACAGUCGAACAGAGUAGUAGUAUUUCAGUAGUAUAUCUAUAUUAUCUGAGUUGAGUGUGAACGUACUACUGAAGUUAAACUUUCGUUAUCAACAAAUGAAUACCAAUGAACAGGCAUGUAUUUUUUUUCCCAUAAAAACCUGAAUAACUUUUGCAGAUAAAAUUUUCGACAAAAGCAAUGGGGAUGUGGCAGUGGACUCUUACCAUCUUUACAAGGAAGAUGUGCGCCUCAUGAAGGAUAUGGGAAUGGAUGCAUACAGGUUCUCCAUCUCAUGGACAAGAAUUCUUCCAGAUGGGACUCUUAGAGGUGGAGUGAACAAAGAAGGCAUCCGAUAUUAUAAUAACUUGAUUAAUGAGCUCCUAUCCAAAGGGCUGCAGCCAUUUGUCACCCUUUUUCACUGGGAUUCACCUCAGGCAUUGGAAGAUGAAUAUACAGGGUUUCUUAGCCAUAAUAUCAUAAAUGACUAUAAGGAUUACGCUGAAGUCUGCUUCAAAGAGUUCGGAGAUCGAGUGAAGCAUUGGAUUACAUUCAACGAGCCCUUGUCAUUUUGCGUCGCGAGCUAUGCGAUGGGAGUGCUUGCGCCAGGUCGGUGCUCGCCUUGGGAGGCGGGGAAAUGCAGCGCUGGAGAUUCAGGAACGGAGCCUUACACUGUAGGCCACCAUCAGCUACUCGCCCAUGCAGCGGCCUUCAAAUUAUACAAACAGAAAUACCAGGCCGUCCAGAAGGGGAAGGUUGGGAUAACUCUAGUCACAAACUGGUAUGUUCCCUUCUCACAUUCGAAGUCCGACAAUGCUGCAGCGAAGCGUGCUAUAGACUUCAUGCUUGGAUGGUUUAUGGAACCCCUCAAGAGAGGAGUCUACCCCCAGAGCAUGAGAAAAUUGGUCGGGAAUCGCUUGCCGCAGUUCACAAAAGAACAAUCUGAAUUAGUCAAGGGCUCAUUCGACUUCAUUGGAAUGAAUUAUUACACUGCAAACUAUGCUGCUAACCUUCCUCCAUCAGAUGACCUGAAGAAAAGCUACAAUACGGAUGCUCAAGCUAAUCUUACCGGUGUUCGAAAUGGCGUCCCCAUAGGUCCUCAGGCUGGUACAACUCCCGGUACAUCUUGGCUAUAUGUCUACCCGCAAGGGUUUCGUGAUCUAAUGCUUUAUAUCAAGGAGAACUACGGCAAUCCUACUGUCUACGUCACUGAAAACGGCAUCGGCGAACCCAACAACAAGAGCCUAACAAUCCAGCAAGCCCUCAAGGAUCACGCGAGGAUAGACUACCACCACAAGCACCUUCUUGCGCUGCAGAGUGCCAUAAGGGACGGCGCAAACGUGAAAGGGUACUUUGCGUGGUCUCUGCUCGACGACUUCGAGUGGGUAAGCGGGUACACCGUGCGUUUCGGGCUACACUUUGUGGACUACAGCGAUGGGCAGAAGCGCAAGCGGUAUCCCAAGCAGUCAGCACGCUGGUUCAAGAAGUUCCUCAAGAGAUGAUCAACAUGCAUAGAACUGGCAGCCAAGCGAUGGAUGCAGUGUAUAACUGUUGAAAUAGACAAUUGGCUGAUCAUGUGGGCUGCUCCGUGUUUCCCUCUGUAAUAACAUCGGCCGAAUUCAGUUCUCCCUAUACACCGUUGAAAGGUUCGGACCGAUUGACUUGUAUAUCUCCAACAUUUUUGUAGCAUUGCCCGACUAUUCUAGAUUGCUAGGUAAAGGGGAAAGCAAGAUGAUAAAACAACUUCGGUGAGCAUACCUUGUGCGGCCUUUAUAAGAUGUUACGGGGAAUCCUAGGCGUAAUCUUUGGUAGACUCUCCCAUACCCCUCGCUUCGAGGCCGGGUGUAACGCUUUUUAUGCAGUAAUAAAGCGCCCA